GCAGGUUGUGACAGCAACAUGCCCACAAGAGGCCCGGUAAUACACAGAGUUUGGACAAAUGCAGAUGAAAACUAUAACUGGCUGAAAUGAGGGGCUACCUCAAAACUUUAACCUGGGUAUUUAAACUCCAGCCUAAAAGCACUUCUAUAGGAAGACACAAGGACUCUGAUCUCUGUCUUCAGAAUGGUGGGGUGGAAGAGUUUCAUGCUACUAUUGACUGGUGUGAAGCGGAGAGCUGCUAUUUUAUUCGGGACCUGAACUCUGCUCAUGGCACUUACGUCAAUGACUGUCGCAUACACAAUGCCACUGUGCGACUCUCUCAGGGAGACCAGCUUCACUUUGGCUACGGAGGAUCAACCUAUGAGCUCUCCAUUGACAGCGAGAAACCAUUUCCUCUUCUCGCUGCCCAGUCUCCCACUCCCCAGGCCUGGGUACGGGCUCGGACCCCCUCUGUUACACCCCACCCUCCCACCAGACCACGGCCCAUGAGCGCCGGGUCCAAACGGUGUCACGUUACACCUGAUCGCAGGACCCAUUCAAACAGACCAGGGAGUUGGAGUGGUAACACAGGAAGAGGAUGUAGUAAGACUGUACCUCAAAAUUCUCAAAGCAUCCAAUUCUUGCCACUGAAAAGGGAGUUGUGGUUGCAUUGGCCGGGAGAGGGACUUGAUCAUGUGCCUGUGUGCCUUGAGAAUGAGUCUCAGAGGAAAGAUGAUGUUAUCAUGGCCCUUAAGGAGGAAGUGUCAGCUCUCAAGCUCCAGCUGUCUCAGAGCAAGCAGGCUGAUCCAGAGGUCAAGCACAGACUCCGCUGCCUGGAGAGUGACAUCAAAGAGAAAAAAGAUCAGAUACAACAGCUAAAAGAUCAGAUGCUUGAGCUUCAGAGGUGUUCUGGAGAGAUGCUUGGACAGGCUGUGUCAAAGAGAGACCUGAAGAUCAGCAGUCUCUCAGAACAGCUGGAUAAACUGAGAAAUGAAAAUAACUCAUCGACAGCAUUGGUUAGCAGUUUGCAGAGAGAUCUAACUGCUCGAGAGAAACAGGCUCUGAAACUAGCUGCUGAGGUGGACAAGCUCAGACAAGAUUUCAGACACAAAGAUGCCAAGCUCACAAACUUGGCAGACAAGUUGAAAGAGACCCAGAAGCAUCAUGAUGAGCUUAUUGCCAGGCAAAACAAUGUAGAAUCCCUCAAGAAAGAACAGGCCUCUCUGCUCUCUGAGGUGGACAGACUGAAGCAGCUCCACCAGCAGACACAGCAGAGAGAACAGAGAGUCCAAGCAGAACUCAAACAGACACAGUCAUGCUUUGACAGUUUUCGUAAGCAGGUCAUCAAGGCUGCACAACUCAACUCUGACAAAGAGUCAGACCAACAGGUGUUGGACUAUUUAUCUGAGCUAAUGGAACAAAUGGAGAUGUACAAAACCAAAGCACAUGAGUUUGAAAAGAAACUCAAAGAGGAAAGUGAGAGACAGAGGAAAAUGUCAGAAGAGACCCAGAAAUUCAGAGCUAGACUAGAGGAAUGUCAGAGUCGUGUACAAACUGCAUGCAUGGCAGAUGCAGUGCAAAUGGAAAUAUCUGCACUGCAGGGCAUGAGUUUGAGUCCUGCGCUCAGCUGGGUUCAGGAGCAUUCGCUCUCAAUACUUAACCUCCUGCAUGCACUACAGCAUACAACUGUUCAGAGGCUUCAGACAGCAGGGGUAGAUGUAUCAGCAAAUACUGGAGGAGUAUCAGCUGCCUUACAGAUUUUGUGCCAGGAGCACAAGAACAACCAAUCAGAGCUCAGGAAUCUAAAGUCAGAGAUACAAAGGCUUCAAGAGAGAGAGAUGCAGAGCAGAGAUCUUCAAAGCAGACUUGAGUCUAUGCAGAAGCUGCUGGAGAUGGAGAGGCUACAGGCUGCAGAGUCACAGAGUGUCUUGAAAAACACACUGAUGAGGCAACUGGAGGAGGUGAAGGCUGAUCUACACUCAGUUCAACAAACAGAGGAUGCCUUGCGCAGAGAGAUGGAGACACGCAAAGCUGAGUGGCAAACCGAUAAAGAAAAAGCCAAGGUACAAGAGGCAGAGCUGAAAGAAAAGCUGCAUGAAAUACAGCUCAGAGAGGAUGAAAGGAACAAGAUGAUGGAGUAUGAGGAGAAAGAGGUGAAGGCCCUUCAGAGAGGAGCUGAAGAGGAGAGAGAGAGACACCGUGUGGAGGUGGAGGAAUACAGGGAGCAGGUGCGACAGCAUGCAUUCACCAUCGUUGCCAUGGAAACACAAAUAAAUAAAGCCCAGCAGAGUCAGGAAAGAUGGAGAGAGAUGGAAGAGGAGAGAGACUUACUAAAGGAACAGCUCAAGGAAGCGCUGAGGCGAGUGGAGGAAACUGAAAGCAACUACACAUCUUACACAUCAGAAAAAGAACAAGGACUGGAAAAGACCAUAACAUCCCUCAGGAAAUCUCUACUCACAUCCCAACAGGAUGUGAUCAGUCAGAAUGAGAUCAUCAAAGCCUUAAGCUGUGAUCUGGCUCAAGCCCAUGCUCGCCUAUCUGACAUGACAGGAGAGCUGAGUGAACAGCAGAAGUUGGAGUUGGAGACUCACAGAGCUUUAGUGGUGGACCAGAGGAUGCAACUGAGCAUGCUUACACAGAAGCUAACCAUGAUGUCACAACUGGUGGAACAGAAAGAGGAAGAGACAAAAAAGCUGGCUGAAAAACUGAGACAAAUUGAGGAGGACCUGAAAAGUAAAGCAGCAGCGAACAGAGAGAUGAGGAACACAAGCCCCGUUCCACUUCAAACCUCAAGAAACACUAAAGAUGUGGCACUCAUGACAACUCCUAAUGAUCUCAUCCAUCAGAGGUCAAAGCACAAAGGUAAUCGCCGUGAGGAAGUGAUACUUCAGCAGCAGGAAGGUUUGCGUGACAUGAGAGAGCGAAUCAGAGCUCUAGAACAGAAAUGGCCCACCAGGCGUGUUGUCCAGCAGGGGGAGCCAGAGAGGCGGGGUGAGAUGAAGAGUGAGAGGCUACAGAAAUCUGCAUUUUUGAGAGAAUCCAACAGUUCUGUGAGUGGUUUAGCAUUCCCUGAAGCUCUGACAGAGGCAGCACGAGAACGCACAGCCAGGCUGGACAUGUCUGAUGCUCUGGAGCUUAGCGAGAGAACAUACCUGGAGCUAGCACAGGUGCUGUGUGAAGCUCUGGAGCUCAGCGAGGGGGAUCUGUCAGGCUGUGCUAGUUUAAAGCACCUCCCACCUGAUGAGAGACAGCACAUAGUCUCCUUGAGACAAACAGACCUGGAGCUUUUGAAAACCCAACUUGAUCUUCAGAAAAGCUAUAGCCAACAGCAAGAAUUACUGUUGCAGGAGAACCAGAGAGAGAUACACACACACAGAGAAAGCUUGGCGCUGGCGCACCAAUUGCAGACCGAGCUUGAGAGUGUGAAGGCAGAGCUGGAGACUCAGAAACAAGAGACUGAACAGCUUCGUCAGGCUCCACAGGACAGCAACAGCCAGCUGCAAAGAAACCAGCAACAACAUAGUGUUGCCAACAGAAAUAAUAGGGGUUUGAGUAUGGAGAGAACAGACAGAAGAACUGGAAGAGUGGGCCAUCACAGCUGUAUACCAAAUGAAAGCUAUGAGAAGGUCUCAGUGGUGAAGAAACAGAUCUCAUGGGGGAAGAUAAAAAAGAGAGAGAGCAAGGUGGAGAAUCUGAAAAAAGCAGCAGGGCGGAAAGAGCAACAGAUCUGUUCGAUGGUGUCUGAUUUGGCCAGUUCUCUACAAGCCCCAGAGAUCUCACAGCUCCCUAUGCUCACCGAGGCCCACUGAUAUGGACACAGCUCAAGACCAUCUUUGAUCAUGCAACCGUGCAUUUAAUCACACUUGGGUUGACUGGGAUAUCAAGUCUGGGUUCAUGGAGAAAAUGCAUUUUGCCAAGAUCUGUCACAUUAGUAACUUGAGUUGUCAGAAUUAAUACGCUAACCUAUGUGAUUAAUUUAAAAUGCAUUUACCAAUAUGAUGUUAGAUUCUGACAUUUUAUACAGCUUCGUGUGAAUUCUGAAUGCUGGUUGGAAUAGGGCAGAACCUUUGUGAUGUGUUAGAUGUGCGCAAAUCAUGUAAAUGCGGCUUCACGAUUGCUGUAGCAUAGUGCUAUAAUAUUUUAUAAUAAUAGUCAUUUUAUUCUGAAUUUGUUGUUAUCCUCAUCUAUAUCAGCACUUGUAUACUUGUAUUGCAGUUAGAUAGGCACAGAUAUAUAAAGACAGUUUAAUGAUCCUCAAAUGUUAAAACACAGCUAAACACACCCACAUUAAGUAUAAACAGUUAAAAAGUGCAAUACACGAUUUUUUGGUGAAGAGUGACAAUUCAGUGUUGAUCAUUUGUCUUUUCUGUAUAAAUAACCGAACAGUUUCCAUUUCAAUAGUUUCCUGCAUCUAUUCAUACACAAACAUUUUUAGACUAGACCUGCAUCCAAAGUUAAGUCAAGACAAGUCAAUUUUAUUUGUAUAGCGCCUUUCACAACACACAUCUUUUCAAAGCAGCUUUA